AUGGAAACCCUGGCCUCUCUCUGGGCCCGUGACCUCAGUGACCCCUGUGACCUCAUCGCCCCCGAGGAGGAACGGCACGAGCCGUCGUCUGUGUGGGUAUCAGAGGCUCAGUGUGUUUUAAACUGCUCUCCUCCUGCUGCUGGUCUGAUGUGGACAGAGCAGCUCUCUCCUCACCUCCAGAGGAACAAACAGCUUCAGGACACGCUGCUGCAGAGAGAGGAGGAGCUGGCCCGACUGCAGGAGGAGAACAACAAGCUCAGAGAGUUCCUCGACUCGUCCUUCGUCAGGAACCUGGAGGAGAAAGCUAAAAAGCUGACAGCUGACGGGAGGAAGAAGCUGAAGAGAAACCUGAUGUACGUCAGUGAUGGACCUCUCCACGGCUACAGACAUCAUCAUCCUCAUCAUCAUCAUCAUCCUCAUCAGUCCUCUCAGCAGGUCAGCAAGCGAGUCUGCAGGAACCUCACCGCCGAGUUCUCCUCCGACUUCUCCGAGACGUCUGACGCUUCCUCCUCCGAACCGAACCUGGACCUCUGGGUGCUGCGAACGCUUGGCCUGAAAGACCGAGACACCAUCGACACGUCCAACGACUCCUCUUCCUCCUCCGGGUUCAGCCUCGGAGGUUUAGUUUACGAUACUUCAGUCACCUCCUCCUCCCCCUCUGAGUACUGUGAAGAUCCCGCCGUCAGUAACUCAGCAUCAAACUGCUCCAGUCCUCCAGAUCAGCGCUCUGACUUCACUUCCUGUGGACUGAGCAGACGGUGUGACGCUCCCGCAGCUCUGAUCGGCAGCUACGACUCAAUAGCUGCCUUUAAUUCGCCUUUAACCAGAGAAACACCGGAGAUCUGCUCCCAGCGUCCGGAGGGAAGCCCGGCGGAUCCUUCAGCUUACUGGUCACCACUGAAACUCAACCGGACUCCGUCACAGGACACAAUCCAGUUCAGUCCACCGGCAGAAGGUGUCUACUACUCCCCCAUCUCGUCCUCCAGUCCGGUCGUGAAGCAGACGUGGAGGCCGAUGCGAAGCCGAAGCCGAAGCCCAUUGAGCCCGUCGGUCGGUUCUCAGGCGCCUCGGAGCCAGACCGAGCUGGCGUUCAGCAUGUGCCUCAGCCCGUCCAGCAGCGUUAAGACCCACAGCUUCCCCCAGGGACAAGCCUUCGUCAGGAAGGACAACGAGGGGAGGUGGAACUUCACCUGGUUGCCAAGACAAGGACCAUAG